CCUUACCUUGUGCUUAAAUACUCCGUCUCCUAUUUCGUGCCUCCACCGCCCGACCUCCCCUGACUUUACAUUUGACCUCUUGUCCCCAUGGCUUCAGCAUCAACGGCCGGGUCGUAUUCGAACCCGUUAAAGAAAUUCAAGCUCGUCUUCCUCGGCGAACAAAGCGUGGGAAAGACGUCUUUGAUCACCAGAUUCAUGUAUGAUUCGUUCGACAACACAUACCAGGCCACAAUUGGAAUUGACUUCUUGUCGAAGACGAUGUAUCUUGAAGACCGCACAGUUCGACUCCAACUUUGGGACACCGCCGGGCAGGAGCGGUUCCGGUCCCUGAUCCCUUCCUACAUCCGUGACUCCAGCGUAGCAGUGGUUGUCUACGAUAUCUCAAAUGCGAAAUCCUUCCAAAACACUCGGAAAUGGAUCGACGAUGUGCGCGGUGAGCGUGGAAACGAUGUUAUUAUCGUACUUGUUGGCAACAAGACCGACCUGAGCGAUAAGCGAGAAGUUACCACAGCGCAGGGUGAAGAAGAGGCCAAGAAGAACGGCCUGAUGUUUAUCGAAACUAGUGCGAAGGUUGGCCAUAAUGUCAAGCAGUUGUUCAGGCGGAUAGCUCAAGCACUGCCCGAUCUCAAUGAUAAUGAUUGA